AUGGCUAUCAAGACCUGCGCAGGAGCCUCGCUCUUCAUUGCAGCUCUGAGCUUCAGGUUUUUGCAUGCUGAUUGGCCAACUGCAAUACAGAUAUCUGCUGCAAUUUUCACUUUGCUGUGUGGUCUUCUCUUAGGAUAUCAUGGAUAUAUCUAUCCUUUCUUUCUUUCCCCAUUGCGUCAUCUACCAGGACCAAAGGGAGGUCAUCCCCUCAUCGGCCAGAUGUUAAAUCAGAUUAGAACCCCUGGACCCGCCGACCUCUUCAUCUCCUGGAUGAAGCAGUGGCCAGAUGCGCCUUUUGUGCGCUACCUGUCCAUAGGCAACUGCGAGACUCUCAUGGUCAACAACAUAGCUGCUUUCAAAGAGGUACAGCAAGCCAAAGUGUACUCUUUCCGAAAGUCGCAGCUUGCAGCACGAAUGUUCUCCCCUAUUACUGGACAUGGACUCAUGUUCUCAGAGGGAGAGGAAAGAAAGAAGCAGCGCACUCAGCUGGCCCUUGAGCACUUCCUCAAAAAGGCCACCCUUGACGUCUUCGUCAUUGGCUCCAUCGGUUGUGACCUGGACAGCAUCUUCGUCCCCGAAGCCCACUUCUACGAGGUGUACGAGCGCAUCAUCCGUCAGCCGCCUUCGGGUCACGUCAUCACCUUCAUCGACGGCCACGUCCCCCUCCGCUCGUGGCUGCCACUGGCGAGUAACAAGAGAUGGUUGAAGGACGUUGCGCUUAUCCGGGCGAUGCUACUUACUUGUGUAGAGAACAGGCGCCACGAGAUGAUGGUGGAGAAGAAGCUGGGCCUCGAGGAGAAGACGGACCGUCGCGACAUCCUGACCUUCAUCCUGGAGGAUUGCCAGUUUGACGCCACCCAGACCAACUGGACUGACUUGGAGCUGUUGGAAUACAUGCUCAACUUCAUUGCUGGAGGCCACGAGACGACUGGAUCGACGACCAUGUGGGUUGCUCACGUCCUUGCCACGGAGCCCGAGGUUCAGGACCGCCUCAAGCAGGAGGUCCUCGGGCUCUGCGUCGGCAAGCCGCGGGACUGGAACCCGACAUACGAGGAGCUCGAGCAUCUGAUGUAUAUGAACAACUUUCUCAAAGAGAUACUGCGCUUCUACUCCCCAGGCAAGUCAUUUCCACCACCGCGCUCCCCCUGCCGUCUCCCCCCCGCCAUCUUCCUCCCGCGGGAGGCCUCCGAAGACGUCACGGUCUGCGGCACCUUCAUACCCAAAGGCACGCAAGUCACGCUCUGCCCGGCCGUCGCGCACUUCAACCCGCUGGUCUGGGGCGAGACGGCCGAGGCGUUCGACCCGGACCGGUGGGCGGACGGACGGGCGCCCGGGGACUCGUACACGAUGGAGGCGUUCCUGCAGGGCCCGGCGGGCUGCAUCGCCAAGAACAUGGCGCUGCUGAACACCAAGAGCGUUAUCUUCGCCCUCGCGCGCGACUUCAGGUUUUCGCCGCGCCCCGGCUGGGACGGACGGCUGGAGCUUGCGAAUCCCAACUUCACGCUGCGGCCGCGGGAGAGUCUGCGCGUCACGAUCGAGAGGGAUGAGGCCCGGUAG